CCUGCAGAGAUGGGCUUUAAGAAGCGGCGCAUCUUCGACCUUCGCCAGGUCCAAGCUCAACAGCUGGCCAAAUCCGCAGCCCUCAGCCAGAGACGCAAUAACCUCAGUUCCAACCAUUCCCAGAGCCCCAUGAAGUCGGCUCAUCACCAGUUCUGGAAGAUUCGGGAGUGGUUUUCCGAGAAUAUGCGCAACUACUGCCAAACCACUUCGCUGCACGGAUUCAGUUACAUCACCCGACAGGACAUCAGUCACCAGGAGCGCCUGUUCUGGCUAAUGGUCGUCAUCCUGGCCAUCAUCACCUCGAUUGUGCUUGUGGUCGUGUCCUUGUACUGGAGCCAGGAGACGCCAACGGUGACGGUCAUCGAGAGCUCACACUUCCCCACCUGGAACAUUCCUUUCCCUGCUGUUACCAUCUGCAACUUUAACAAGAUUUCCAAGACCAAGGCACUCACCUUGUUGGAUCAAAUGAACAUCCCGGUUGGGGUUAACAAAUCCGAGCUACACAGCCUUUUCAAUCUGACACUGUUGCCCGUGGAUAGCAUGAUUAGCAACAGUUCCUUGGAAAUCUACGACAGGAUUUUGGUCCUGAAUAAUCUUACGUUACACGGACUUACCCAGCAACUGUCGCCUGAUUGCAUGGACAUGAUUUCCAGCUGCAUCUGGAAGGGAAUCAACACGAGGUGCGACAGUUUGUUCCAGCGGAUAGAUACCAUGGAAGGACAGUGCUGCACUUUCAACUACUUUGGCGGUAUCACCAACAAUUUUCCAGAAAAAAUAGCCUAUCAGGUUCCAAAACGUCCUUAUCGUGUGACGGGCUGUGGGUAUCCCACAGGACUCUCGGUUCUCCUCAAUCCCAUGGUUUCCGACUAUUAUGGAACUUUCUUCAGUGGCUUCGGAUUUCGGCUGCUCCUCCACGAUUCGUAUAACUUUCCUGACGAGAACUCCGAGACAAAGGUGGUGACCUCCACCCGGGAGAGCUUUGUUCGCAUUAAUCCGGAGUCCACCUACGCCACCAACGACAUCCGGCGCAUGGAUCUCUCCCUGAGAAACUGCCUUUUUGGAAGCGAAAGGACGAUGCAUGGCCUGAGGCGCUACUCCUUCAUAAACUGCAUGUUCGAGUGCCGGGUACGGAUGACUAUAGAUCAUUGUGGAUGCAUUCCCCCAUAUGUGUACAACAAUGGAAGCUAUAAAGUUUGUGGUGUUCUGGAAGCCAAUUGUAUGAUUACCAGUAAACGACUCUUUUCCCAUGCCCUGGCCAAUUUGAAUAUUUCCCUUUCAAUAGUCCGUGAAACGGCCAGCUUUCCCUGUGGAUGUUUGCCAGAUUGUCAGUCGAACCACUAUGUUUCCGAGAGCACCAUGGGCAGGCUGGACAUGAGCUACUUUUCCAACCGCCCAACACUCGGCAAUACCUCGGACCGGAUACUCCUGCAUGUAUUUUUUAGUGACUUGAUGAGCACCAGAUUUCGCACGGACAUCUUCCAGAACUGGCUGUCCGCCUUGGCCUCAUUUGGCGGUCUACUGGGGCUAAUCAUGGGCUUCAGCAUAGUGACUGCCUUUGAGUUUUUCUACUUUCUCACCUUUCGACCCGUUUUCAACUACAUCAACAGGGACUAGGCCAGUCCCACUUAACGUGGUCUGUCUGUACAUAAACACGCUCCUACCCUGCACUUUUAUUGCACUCCACUUG